CUCGGAGGAGCAAUCGGGACAGGUCUGAUCAUAGGCUCUGGAACGGCCCUUGUCAGAGGAGGCCCGCUUGGUAUAUUCCUGGGGUAUUCAUUUGUCGGCACGGUCUGCUAUCUAGUUAUGGUCGCGCUCGGCGAGAUGAGCGCGUACCUCCCCCACAAGAAGGGUUUCGCCGGGUAUGCAACUCGAUUUGUGGACCCUGCGUUUGGCUUUGCCUUGGGGUGGAACUAUGUCUUCAAAUAUCUGGUCGUAACGCCGAACAACAUUAAUGCUGCUGGGGUAGUGAUUCAGUAUUGGACCACCAAGGUCAAUCUUGCAGUAUGGAUGGUCUUCGCAAUCAAUCUUCUAGGCGUGCGCGUUUUUGGCGAAUUAGAAUUCUGGUUCAGCAGUAUCAAAGUCGUCACGCUGAUUGGUCUGAUUCUCAUGGGAAUAAUCAUCGACCUAGGAGGCAACCCUGAGCACGACCGCCUCGGCUUCCGUUACUGGGAUCACCCGUACGGCCCCAUGGGCACGUACCUCUCCACGCGGGUGCACAACCAGCACCUCGCAAUUUUCUUAGGGUUCUGGAGCACACUCAUCAACGCGCUCUUCGCGUUCAUCGGCACAGAAGUCGUUGGGGUCACAGUUGGUGAGGCACAAUCCCCAAGAAAGAGCAUCCCGACCGCGAUCAAAAGAACGUUCGUGCGCAUCGUUGUGUUUUAUAUUGGUGGAGUGUUUGUGAUCGGUUUGACCGUACCGAGCACGAAUAAGACGCUGUUCGUUGCAAAUUCCUCCAAAGCUGGCGCUGCCGCUUCCCCCUUCGUGGUUGCUACCACUCUCGUAGGCAUCAAGGUACUAAAUCAAAUCAUCAACGCCUGCAUCCUGGUCUUCGUCCUGAGUGCUGCGAACUCGGAUCUAUAUAUCGGCUCCCGAACGCUGUAUGGACUUGCCCUACAAGGACAGGCGCCGGCGGUCUUCGCACGAGUAAACCGUAUGGGUGUUCCGUAUGUUGCGCUCGGGCUGUGCACCUGCUUCAGCGGGCUGGCGUUCCUGAACGUGUCAGCAGGGAGCUCAAAAGUAUUCGGGUGGUUCGUGAACCUCGUGUCGACAUUCGGAGCGAUCACUUGGAUGUGCAUCUGCUAUACACACAUUCGAUUCAUGCAAGCAAUGCGAGCCCAGGGGAUGUCGAGGGAUCAGCUGCCGUAUAAGGCCCCCCUCCAGCCUUUCGGAUCCUGGUUCGCGCUCGUCUCGACCGCAAUCAUAACUCUAUUCAAAGGGUUUGACGACUUUCUCCCGUUCACGACGAGCAGUUUUGUGACGGCGUACAUCGGGCUGCCUGUGUUUGUGGUCUUCUGGGCAGGCUACAAGGCAUGGUACCGAACUAGGGUCAUACCGCCGGAGAAGGUAGACCUCAUUUCGGGGGUGAGGGAAAUCAAUGAAGCGGAGGCACGUUUCUAUGACGCACAGGAGGCUGCGACUCCGAGAACGAUAUGGCGGAGGCUGUGGGAUGCGAUGUAA